AUGUUUGGGCUAAAGCUGAAGAAGAAGAAGAAGAAAGCUGACAAGGGGUUAACCCUAGCCAACAAGGCUGCUCAAGAUGAUCAAGGUGAAGCAGAAGCAUCCCAGGAGGGGCCUUCCCACCAGGAAGGACUGGGAGGAGAGUUGAUCUAUAAUAAUGCAUCUACUACUCCUGCCUCCUCAGUGCCUCUGAAGAGAAGAUCAAAACUGGUGACUAAGAUCCAUGAUGGUGAGGUCAAAUCCCAACAUUAUCAAAUUGCCAUCACCAUCACUGAGGCCCGCCAGCUGGUAGGUGAGAACAUUGACCCGGUUGUGAUCAUUGAGAUCGGAGAUGACAAGAAGCAAAGCACAGUGAAGGAAGGAACCAACAGCCCAUUUUACAAUGAAUAUUUUGUCUUCGACUUCCUUGGGCCCCAAGUGCACCUUUUUGACAAGAUCAUCAAAAUCUCAGUCUUUCACCAUAAGCUGAUAGGAAGCAUUCUGAUUGGCUCUUUCAAAGUAGACCUGGGGACUGUGUACAACCAACCUGGUCAUCAGUUCUGUGACAAGUGGGCCCUGCUCACGGACCCUGGAGACAUCAGGACUGGCACCAAGGGGUACCUGAAGUGUGAUAUCAGUGUGACUGGCAAAGGCGAUGUCUUGAAGACCAACCCCAAGAUCUCUGAUGCCGAGGAACAAAUAGAAAAGAACCUUUUGAUUCCCCAAGGGUUUCCAUCAGAGAGACCCUGGGCCAGAUUCUAUGUGAGACUCUACAAAGCAGAAGGGCUGCCAAAGAUGAACUCCAGCAUCAUGGCGAAUGUCACCAAAGCAUUUGUGGGUGACACUAAGGACCUUGUGGAUCCCUUCGUGGAGGUCGCCUUCGCUGGGCAGACGGGGCGGACCACGGUGCAGAAGAACUGUGCUGACCCCGUGUGGCAUGAACAGGUGAUCUUCAAGGAGAUGUUCCCUCCCUUGUGUCGGAGGGUGAGAAUCCAGGUAUGGGAUGAAGGCAGCAUGAACGAUGUGACACUGGCCACCCAUUUCAUUGACUUGAAGAAGAUCUCCAAUGAACAGGAUGGAGAUAAAGGCUUUCUACCUACCUUUGGACCUGCCUGGAUUAACCUGUAUGGCUCACCCAGGAACCACAGCCUGAUGGACGACUACCAGGAACUGAAUGAAGGCUUUGGGGAAGGUGUGUCAUUCAGAGGCAGAAUCCUGGUGGAGAUUGCGGUGGAAAUCCUGUCAGGCGGGGCACAGGAGUCUAAGUUUUCUAAAGCCCUGAAGGACCUCAAGUUGUCUUCCAAAGACAAAGACUCCAAAUCUUCCAAAGGAUUGAGUAAGGACAAGGGUGACAAAACUGAUGAUGGAAAAUCCCAGCGGGCUUCAGACAAAACUAACUCAACUGAGGUCGAGGUGGAACCCUUUGAUGUCCCCCCAGAGAUUGUACCAGAAAAAUAUGAGGAAUUUUUACUCUUUGGAGUAUUUUUUGAAGCUACCAUGAUUGACCGAAAGAUUGGAGAUAAACCCAUUAGCUUUGAAGUUUCCAUUGGUAAUUUUGGGAACCUGAUUGAUGGAGGGUCCCAUCAUGAGACCCAUCAUGAGAGUAAGAAGAAGUCAGCUGAAUCAACAGAAGAAGACAUCCUGUCACUGCUGAAUGAAGGAGAAAGGGACGCUGCCCACGAUGUCACCAUCCCGAUGGUCUCCACCACUCACCCAGAGAAGCCACUGGUGACAGAAGGGAACAGGAAUUACAACUAUUUGCCAUUUGACGCAAGGAAGCCCUGUGUCUACUUCAUUAGCUCGUGGGGAGACCAGACCUUCAGGCUCCACUGGUCCAACAUGCUGGAGAAAAUGGUGGACCUCUUGAGCUUAACUAAGUCGAUUUCAGACUAGUUAUUCUUCUCUUACAGUGCCUUUAUCUCUGAAGCAGGAAAAAAGCCCAAGAUGUUGAAUCAAACUACUUUAGAUAAGAAACGACUUACGCUCUGUUGGCAGGAGCUGGAAGCAAUGACCAAGGAGGCCAAAGAGAUUGUUCAGCAACAGCAGCAGCAGAAGAAGAAGUUCUCUCUUGAUGAAAUGAUUGGCAAAGCUCAGAACUUUGUGGAAAAGAUCCGCUUUCUUGUUGAUGAGCCGCAGCACACCAUCCCUGAUGUCUUCAUUUGGAUGCUGAGCAACAACAAGAGAGUGGCAUAUGCCCGCAUCGCCUCCAAAGACCUGCUCUAUUCUCCCUUCAGGGAGCAAAUGGGCAAACACUGUGGGAAGAUCAAAACUCAUUUCCUCAAACUUCCUGGAAAGCGGCCAGCUGGUUGGUCAGUGCAAGCGAAAGUGGACGUGUACCUGUGGCUGGGCUCCACCAGACACUCCAGCGCCAUUUUGGACAACUUGCCAACAGGCUAUGAAGCAGAAACACUCUCCAAAGGGUGGCCUGCUGCCAGCCACCCUCCGGCCACACUGCUCUACCAAGCCCAGCAUCUCUUUCAGCUAAGAGCUCACAUGUACCAGGCCCGGGGCCUCAUCGCAGCUGACAGCAAUGGACUUUCCGACCCCUUUGCCAAAGUCACUUUCCUUUCCCACUGCCAGACCACAAAGGUGAUUUCCCAGACCCUGUCUCCCACGUGGAACCAGAUGCUGCUAUUCAAUGACUUGGUGCUGCAUGGAGACCAGAAGGAGCUGGUGGAGUCCCCACCCUCCGUGGUGGUGGAGCUCUAUGACAGCGAUGCAGUGGGAAGGCCAGAAUAUCUGGGUGCCACGGUGGCGGCUCCUAUUGUGAAGCUGGCUGACCAAGACUAUGAGCCAUCCCGGCUGAGCUACCACCCCAUCUUCUGUGGGAACCUCUCCGGAGGGGACCUCCUCGCUGUAUUUGAGCUUCUGCAGGUCCCAGCAUCUGGGCUACAGGGGCUACCUCCCAUUGACCCACCAGACAUCGCCCAGAUCUACCCAGUUCCUACCAACAUUCGGCCUGUGCUGAGCAAAUACAGAGUGGAGGUUCUCUUCUGGGGAGUCCGAGAAAUGAAGAAGGUGCAGCUCCUCUCAGUGGACCGGCCGCAGGUUCUCAUCGAGUGUGGGGGGCGAGGAGUCAAGUCCUGUGUGAUCCAGAGCUACAAGAACAACCCCAACUUCAGCGUCCAGGCCGAUGCCUUUGAAGUGGAGCUGCCUGAGAAUGAGCUUCUGCAUCCGCCCCUGAGCAUCUGUGUGGUGGACUGGAGAGCUUUCGGAAGGAGCACGCUGGUAGGCACCUACACCAUCAACUGCUUAAAGCAGUUUCUGUGCAAAUCCAGGGAGCCCCCUUCCCUCAUCUCGCAGGUGGAUGGAGCUCAAGCUGAGCAAGUUUCAGAUCCACUAACAGACACUGAGUCCCUCAGGCCUCUCAGCUCUUCCAAGGAGCCCCCAACAGAUCACAUCUAUGUGGAUGUUGAGCCACCUCCCACAGUGGUUCCUGACUCUGCCCAGGUUCAGCAGGACAGCCUGGUUGACAUCCCUGACUCAUCCCAGAUACUGGAGCCCAAACUCAAGUCUGCAGCUCCAGAGCCACCCAAAGAUGGGAAAUCUAAGGAUACCAAGAAGCCUUCCCGGAGGUCCACUAAAAGAAGGAAGAGGACCAUAGCUGAUGAGUCCGCUGAAAAUGUCAUUGACUGGUGGUCUAAGUAUUACGCUUCCCUGAAGAAAGCACACAAGGCAAAGGAGAGCAAUCCCAAGGAGAAAAAGGACAAUACAGAGACAAAAACAGACCAGGUGGUGGUAAAUAUAGAAGAUGGCCCAAAGAAGAAGAAAGACAAAAUGCUCAAGAAGAAAGCCAAAGAAGAGGAAAUUCCCAACCUGGCUGUUUUGCAGGUAUACGAUGGUGAUCUUGAGAGUGAAUUCAAUAAUUUUGAAGACUGGGUGAAAACCUUUGAGCUUUUCAGAGGCAAGUCUACAGAAGAAGACCACGUUGAUGGAGAUCGAGUCAUAGGAAAGUUUAAGGGCUCCUUCUGCAUCUACAAAAGCCCUGAGGAUUCCAACACCGAGGAGAGUGGACAGCUGAGAAUUCAGCAAGGGAUCCCACCCAACUACCUGGUCAAAGUUCUGAUCCGGGUGUACAUUGUAGCGGCAUUUAAUCUAAGUCCAGCUGAUCCGGAUGGGAAAUCAGAUCCCUACAUCGUCAUCAAGCUUGGCAAAACCGAAAUCAAAGACCGGGAAAAAUACAUCCCCAAACAACUGAACCCAGUGUUUGGAAGGUCAUUUGAGAUCCAGGCCACGUUCCCAAUGGAGUCUCUGCUCUCCGUCCUGAUCUAUGACCAUGACGUGAUCGGGACAGAUGACCUCAUUGGUGAGACCAAGAUCGACCUGGAAAACCGCUUCUACAGCAAACACCGGGCCAUCUGUGGCUUGCAGAGCCAGUAUGAGAUAGAAGGCUACAAUGCCUGGAGAGAUACGUCCAAACCCACUGAGAUCCUCACCAAGCUCUGCAAAGACAACAAGCUGGAUGGACCCUACUUCCGCCCAGGGAAAAUACAGAUAGGAAACCAGGUCUUUUCUGGAAAAACAUCCUUCACUGAAGAGGACACUGGUAACUCCCUGCAAAGUAGCCUGCUGGAUAAGCCAGGAAUGGAGCAGGGCCGCCUACAGAUGUGGGUAGACAUGUUUCCCAAAGAUAUGCCUCAGCCUGGACCUCCUGUGGACAUUUCACCAAGGCAACCCAAAGGGUAUGAAUUGAGGGUGACCAUCUGGAACACUGAAGACGUCAUUUUAGAGGAUGAGAAUAUCUUCACAGGACAAAAAUCAAGUGACAUUUAUGUUAAAGGGUGGAUAAAGGGCUUGGAAGAUGACAAACAGGAGACAGAUGUGCAUUACAACUCCCUGACAGGGGAGGGGAACUUCAACUGGCGCUUCCUGUUUCCGUUUCAGUAUCUCCCAGCUGAGAAGCAAAUGGUCAUUACCAAGAGGGAGAACAUCUUUUCCCUGGAGAAGAUGGAGUGUAAGACUCCAGCUGUGUUGGUGCUCCAGGUUUGGGAUUUUGAGAGGUUGUCCUCAGAUGACUUCCUGGGUUCCCUAGAAAUGAACCUCAAUAAUUUCCCUCGAGCAGCCAAGUCUGCCAAAGCCUGCGAUCUCAGCAAGUUUGAAAACGCAAGUGAGGACAGCAAGAUCUCCAUAUUCCAACAAAAGCGUGUGCGGGGCUGGUGGCCUUUUGCUAAAAGCAAAGAACUCACAGGCAAGGUGGAAGCUGAGUUUCACCUCGUCACAGCAGAAGAAGCUGAGAAAAAUCCCGUGGGAAAAGCCAGAAAGGAGCCAGAGCCACUGGCCAAACCCAACCGCCCAGACACCUCCUUCUCCUGGUUUGUGAGCCCCUUCAAGUGCCUGUACCACCUCAUCUGGAAGAACUACAAAAAGUAUAUUAUCAUCGGCUUCAUCUUGAUCAUCCUCAUCAUCUUCCUGGUCCUCUUCAUCUAUACUUUGCCAGGAGCCAUCAGCCGCAGGAUUGUUGUGGGGUCAUAA